GAGUAAGCCAACAAGCCAAUACAUGGACAGAACUCGGAUUGAAUCGAGUAAGAGAAGUCCGAGAGGAAAAGACCUCAGCGAUGCUGAAACCAAAUCAGGCUUUACUGGUGAGCUAAACAUUGACAACGACACUCGAGGAUUGAUAAGCCAUAAACAAAUAUGGCGAUCAAAAGUGGCGGCUGCACGUGCGACCCGACCUCGAGGAAACGUUACGUAGCACUAGGCGUGGCAUGUCUUGCCAAGUUGGUCGCGGGCUCCACCUCCGUAUUCAGCAUCUACGCUAAUUCGCUGAAGAAGACAUUCAACUACUCACAAACGGAAGUUGCUGUGGUGGCUGCGAUGCACAUUGUCGGCACGAACCUCGUCCUACCUGCUGGGAUCAUCUACGACAAAUUCGGCCCUCUCUGCACCAACAUUAUUGGCUUCGUCCUGAGUACAAUUGGCUAUGGUCUGGUUUACAGUGCCGUCCUUCAACCCGACUAUUACUCGACACGGAGCUCUUUGUUUAGCUUCUACUUCUUUCUAGCAAAUCACGGCGUCCUCUAUAUGUACAUGGCAUCGCUCGUCACGAGUGUGAAGAACUUUCCACAAAAACACCGAGCGAAGGUCGUGGCAUUACUCGACACGAUGUUCGGAUCAGGCUUGAUGGUAUUUUUCAGUUUGUAUUCCGAGUUUUACAUAAAUGGACACGAAAUUGAUGUGAGGCACCAAAACCUGUCAGGAUUUAUUUUAACGCUGCUGCUUGUGACUGCAGCCGUUUAUAUUCUGUGUAUUUUCUUUCUGCGAAUCUAUCCUAGUGCACCGGAAGAUGAUGAAAACGUAGAGAUGGAGCAGCUCAACGAUUCGCCAAGCUCGGAAGAUCUCUUGCAGGAGGAAGGAAUGGAGGAUACGGAGACGACGGCGCGCGAGUCACAUCCACGCGCCGUAACUAUGGCGAGAGAGGAUAAACAAAGUCAAUGGGAGUACGUAAAACCUGGAUUAUGGGGGACAUUCCUGAGUAUAAAGUUCCAAUGUCUGAUGUGGGCUUUCGUUCUUCUCGCGUCAACGACCGGUAUGUUUAUAAACAAUCUCACCGCCAUGACGAAAUCUGUGCAUCAGACUCAUUAUAACUGGCCGUUGACUAUGGCGAUCUCUGUGGCAGGAAUCGUGAUGCGAUUCGUUCUGAGCCCUCUAUCGGACUAUCUGUACCCUAAAGUCCCCAGAAUAGUAUUUCUCAUCGGGGGUGACAUGCUUUCGGUAAUAAGUUACUUUACUUUAAUAUUCACUAUGGACGAGUUUGCCGGAUUGCUCUCGGCGUGUAUUAUGGUCGGUGUAUCAAUUGCUAGCUCUUACACAUUCGGAACAACGAUUCUCAGCGAACAUUUUGGAACUGCUCAUUUAGGUUUACACUUUGGGAUUAUAAAAAUUUUCGACGCGUUAUGUGGGUUCGGGAUGCAGACCGCCUUUGGUGAGAUUUACGAUGGGCAGAUUUCAAACGCAACUUCCGGUGCGAAGGACUGUUAUGGCGUCCAUUGUGGGGUAGGGCAGAUGGGCCUUGCGACGCUGGUGACAUCUCUGGCUGUUUGCGCCGCAGUUGGUUUUCUAAUCAAACAGUUUUGGGACAGAAGGCAGCACGUAUAAACACAAAACCAUGACGUAAACCUCAAAAAGGUUGCUUCACGGACACGGGCACGAACAUGGAAACAUUUUCAAUUGUAACAAAUCCUCCAUUCCGAUAGAACCUCAGAGCAGACGAUUCCUGAGAUAAAGGUUUGUGGUUGGCUUCUUUACGAUGAUAGCUGAGCGGUUGUGAAGACAACCAGAAGUCCCCAAAGUAUCGCAUUCGGAAAUCCCUAAAUGUGUAGUCGUCGUAAUCCGAAUCUGUGAUUGUGUUUUUUGCUGUUAAAUCAGAAGUCGAUAAAACACAAAUAAAGGGUGAAUAAA